AGACGUAAUAUGGACGUUUUGAUAAAGGUAUCAUAUCUGUACGUAUUUAACACAAAAUGCCGUGAUUGUAUCAAACACUGAUGUGUGAUUUCACCAGAUUGCAAGCAGAACACCUUGUGUUAACACGUAUACGUAUAAGGAAAAACGUGUUAUUCCUGAAUCUUCAUACAAUUAGUGACUAUUGUAAUGUGAUUCAUUCGUUCGGUAGCUUCAGGACACGCAACCGGUUAUUAAACCACAAACAAUGACAAUGGAUAAUCAUCUCGAAUCUGCAACAGAUGAAAUGAUGGCGAAGGAAGACAAGCCAAAACAGUCAAAAGGACUGCGCCUUUGGUGGACAAAUAACUGGAGAGCUAUCCUUUCUGAACUGGUGUCCACGUCAUUGUUGCUAUUCCUUGGAUGUAUGGGAUGUAUACCAAUAGAUGGUUUCCCAAAAAAUCCACCGUUAUAUGGUGCUCUUGGAUUUGGAUUAAUAGUUCUCAUCAACAUCCAGACAUUUGGAGGUAUAUCUGGUGCGUACAUGAACCCUGCAGUGACGUUAGCUGGAGUGAUCUGGGGUAAAAUGUCUGUAGCUCUUGGAUUUGCGUAUUUUGUUGUACAAUGCUUGGGCGCUGUCAUCGGUUUUGGCGCUCUCAUGGGAAUGUCGCCCAUAGAUUUAUAUACAGACGGAGUUUGUACCACCCAACCUCAUGAAAAGCAUAAUAUAUACCAAGCUUUGGGAAUUGAAAUUUUAUUGACGGCAUCUUUAGUGUUCAUUAAUUGCAAUUUAUGGGAUCCAGUUAAUGCGGAUAAAGAUGGGUCCAAUCCAAUUAAAUUGGGCCUGACUGUCGCUGGUCUGUCAGUCGCAGGAGGCCCUUUGACCGGGGCUAGUAUGAAUCCAGCGAGAUCAUUUGCACCAGCAGUUUGGACCAACACUUGGAACGGACAUUGGAUAUAUUGGGUGGGACCUUUAGUUGGAUCAGUGUUGGCUGUAUUAUUUUACAAAUAUAUUUGGUUGAAAGUUGAAAAAGUUAAAUUACCUGAAGUGCUUCCUUGGACUGAGACUAAUAAUGGUGAAGCAUAGACAAUAUUUACUUAGACUCGGCCUCGAAUAAUGCAAAUUAUAGAUAGGUAUUCAAAUAUUUUUUGUACAGUUCCCAAAACGUAAAGUAUUAUGACAGUGGAACUCGUGUGUGUGUGUUUUUUUUUAUCUGAACAAAUAAUAUGAACUUGGCAUUAUUAAGACUUUAAAUAUACAUUAAGUAUCAUCAUUUUGUAAAUA